AUGCCGAAUUCGUUGGAUCUUGACGUCGAAGUGGAUUGGUUAUAUAAGGGGAAGAAGAAGGUCAGAGCGAAUAGGAGAUUGGACUCCUCUUCAGCUCCACCGGCUACUCCCUCUGCUCCUGCUCCUGCUUCCACUUCUGUUCCUACUCCUGCUCCUGGGUCUGCUGGUGUUGCAGAAGCAACACCAGGGGCUGGCACUGACGGUGCUGGACCAGAGAACUCUGCAAGUUCAGAACCUGCUCAAACUCCAACUCCCGCGGCAAAGACUCGUAAUCGGUCAAGCUCACACUCGCAAGCGAGUCUGAGCCAGACUGCAGCUAACUCUCCAAAUACGUCUGGUCGCUCUUUGAAACCAUCAUCUGCUGUCCUUCGGAGGAGCAGCUCGCUGGGCGAAAAACCAAAGAAAUCGUUGUUCGGUUCUUUGUUCAAUAGGAAACCGCUGCAACCGCUGGAGUCCCAUACAAACGUUUCAUCCACAUCAUCUUCGGUUCCAGCUCCGGUGACUUCUUCCUCUUCUGCGUCGGGCCAUUCUGCGUCGACAGCAUCGUCAUCGUCCUCGCCAACGCAGGCUUCGACCACAGCUGCUCCGGCUUCUUCUUCUUCUUCUUCUUCUUCCUCCAGAGGAAUACCUAUUCCUAUCAACAUCUCGCAAUUUGCGUCUCAUAGACAACAAAUAUCCCAGUUCCUUAAGGAACCAAACUCUCCGGAAGUUAAGGAUAUGGCGCCAAUUCAACACGAUCGUGUCGUGUUGAACAAAAAUCCAAAUAAAUCGAAGCAUCCACUGCCUAUCAAAGAAUUGACCGAGAUUAAUUUGAAAAGAGUUACUUUUGCAGUCGAUGAAUUUGGUAUGGACCCUCCUCAACAAAUUCCUUCGAGAAAGCCAAAACUGGGUAACGUUCUUGUUCCAAACGACAUGAUCAGUGAUAUCCCUUCUAUAUCUCAAGGUAUUACAACGACAGCCCAACCUUCCUCACAUGGGAAUGAUCAGCAUGGUGCUCUACCAGCAUCUGCUUACACAAAAGAUUCUAAAGAAUACCAACUUGCCUUGGAAAAUCAUAAAAAAUGUCUUAAGGAAUCGGAGAAACAUCAGCAAGAAGCACAUUAUGCGGCUCAAAGAAUUGCCUCCGAAGUUGCCGGUUUCAAAUUAAAACCUUCUACUUCGACAGACCUAAAGCCUUCUGCCAAUGGUACUGUGCCAAAAUCUGGAGCAGCCACCGACGAUGAAGCAAAUGCUGAAGCGGGGGUUGUGGCAGAUGAAAAGAUUAAGUCUUUGGAGAUUGAUAAACCUAUACAUAUGCAUGAACAUCAUUUCAAAGAAUCUUCGGGUUCUAGUAAUGGAACUGGCUCCGAGCAUGGAGCCAAUCCAUCUUCGACUAGCGGUACACAGGAUGAGAAUGGCAAUGAGUUGAUGUUAGAUGUUGUCUACACCAGAUGCUGCCAUUUGCGUGAAAUUCUUCCGAUUCCUUCUACCUUGAGACAAUUAAAGGAGAAAAAGGCACCUUUGCAAACAUUAAAGUUUUUGAACCCAAGGCCCACUCUUAUUGAUAUAUUGUCCUUCUCUGAUUUUAUUGCUAUUGUCCCUAUCCACAACGUUGUCUUUGAUAACGUCGGCCUAAGUCCUGAAAUGUUUAAGAUAGUCAUAUCUUCAUUAGUUAAAAGCAUCACCCUUGAAAGACUAUCGAUGAGAAAUGUUGUUUUCGAUGAGCGUGGAUGGAAACUAUUGUGUAAAUUCUUGAUGAGAAAUAAAUCAUUGACGAAAUUAGACAUCUCGCAGACCAAAAUCAGACAUGAUCUAGAUCUUAAAUUACACAGGUCUCAAAUGGAUUGGUCUUUAUUCAUUGAUGUCUUGCACAAGAGACAAGGUAAACCACUAGAAGAGCUACUCCUCAAUGGUGUUUCUUUUGCCAAUAACUUGCACACUUUCGAAAAUAUGAUAAACGCGUUUUCCUCAACUAAGAACGAAUUUUCAAGGAAACGUAAGUUGGGUCUCGCUCAAUCUCAGAUAGCUUCCUCAGAACAGUUAGAAAUUCUAUUUAGAUGGAUGUCUGAAAAUGAUAUCAUCGGUGUUGAUUUGGCAUUUAAUGACUUCGAAAAUUUGACAAAACCAAUUAUCAAAGAGCUUUCGCAACGCAGCUUCGACUCAUUACAAUACUUCACAUUGAAUUCAACAAACAUUCAAUCGGUGCAAGAGGCUGCAUUGAUUAUAAGGGAACUAUCAAAAUUACCGAAACUUUAUUUCUUAGAUCUAUCGGGAUUGCCUUCAUUAUUCCCUGCAAUCUUUCCUUAUUUGAACAAAUAUCUACCGCGUUUCCCUUCUCUAAAAAGAUUACAUUUUGAUUCUAAUGAAUGGACCUAUAAGGACAUUUCUCUUGUAACACAGAUUUUACCCAAGUGUAAAGAGCUUUUACAUGUUUCAAUGAUGAACCAACCACAAGAAUCAUGGGCAAUGAGUGCAGCUGUAUUUCUAUAUGAUUGUAUCAAGAAUAGCGAUAAGUUGAUUAACUUGGACUUCAACUACGAGAACAUUCCAGAGGAAAUCAAUUCAAGAAUAGCAAUAGCAUUAGUUAGAAACGCGCAGAAGUCAAUUGACUCUAAUUGGCAAUUGGACGAACUUUCAUCGCAGGACGAUUUACUUUUCGAUGGUGAACUAAUCAGUGAAACAGCCGGUAAUAUUUUAGAUAAGCUCAAUGACUCUGCUAAGCUUCAAGAAGAUUCGACGAAAAGGUAUUUACUCAAGCGUUAUUGGGAAAAAAUCCACACGAUUCAUGCCAAUGUUCAAAAAACCAUAGACAGCAUGUUCGAACAAAGAAUUUCAAAAGAAUUGUCAUUACAGAGCAAAGAAAAUUUAUUAAGACUUAUUUUCAUGGAAAAUACCUUAGGAAAUAUCCUAGAAUACUUGUCCACUAAUCCGUAUAUCCAGGAAUUAAAUUAUGCCAAGAAUAAAGAUGAUGAUAAUUAUUCUUCUAGUGAUGAGAGACCAGUACUGAAGCAUGUUGACUCCGAAAGAAUAAUGUAUGCGAAACCACUUGUCGAUCCUAUUGACCAGGACAUUGAUCAAGAGCUAGAACACGAGCAAGAUUCGAACAGUGCUAAACCCCAUCUGAUGGCUACUGAUUCUGGUAGGACCAUUGAUGUGACUACAGGUAGGCCGAUCUUAACGAAGACAAGUUCUCAACGUUCUAUUUUCGGUAAAAAGCAAGAAGAGGAAGAAGGUGAAUUGCACAAAUGGGGGUUCUUCGUUCAACAACAGCGAUCCAUAUACCCAGAAAACACGCCUAUGUCUAAGUAUCAACAACAGCAACAGCAUAAGCAUGCACAAAGGAAGGAACCACAAUUGUCACAAAUCGUUGAAAAACCACGAGAACAAGUGCAGACUUCACAGAAAACCGGGCAGCCUGCAGCUACACCGACUGCAUCUACCCCUCCAACUUCUUCAAAUUCCAUUCCUGCUCUGUCUAAAUCCGCGGCAUCUGCAAAGCUCAUUGGGAAGAUUCCAUCUGGUACGGAACUUCGUGAGGCUAUCAUCAAAGCGAAAGGUAUCAAUUCCAUUGAAGACUUGAUUGAUAAUGUUAAUUGUCAACAAGUCAAGUUGGAUAAUAUUUAUGGUAUCCAAGUUGAACCACCUGCUGAUGCAAAGCCAUUAGUUUUAUCACCUGGAGGAAGACCGGACGGGAACGUGAGUCAUGAUGAGAGACACUCCGCGCAGGAAAAUGGAUUCCCAUCUGAAAGUGAAGAUAGUUAUGUCGAAGAUGAAACCACCACCGAACAACUCAACGUUGACGAGACAUAUGACAAGUUGUUGAACAAUUUGAGUCGUGUUCGUUCUAACAGAGGAUAA